AUGCACCGUGUUCGUCUUUCUUCAAGGCAUUCCUUUGAUGUGGAUGCAGUGGAUCCCGAUAGAGCCGGCUCAUCCGCUUCUCUGGAGAUUCAGCAAGCUAGCGAACCGGUUCCACGGACAAUCACCGAAUUAGAUGGUCCCGCGGGUUUACGAAUGACUGGAGAGGAAGUUACUCAUAGGACUGCUUCACCGAUUAUCGAAGAAUCAGCGAGUGAUAUAUAUUCCGAGCAAGAGCCAAACGACCUUGGAAGAGGAUCUCGGACUGGGAUUGGUACGACUUCUCCACAUGAUGAACAAUUCGAAAUGGUUGAGAUGGAGCCAUCGUCAUAUGCUACUGUAGAAGAAGGUUUUCGCGCAGUAGACUACAAGAAGGAACCUUCUGGACCUAGCUUAAGGCCGAAGUUGUCUACGCAAGAACACAUAGACGCUGAUGAUCUCUUUUUUGCAUUCUCCGCGGAUGAUGACAAGACACACAGCAAGCAAGCACCUUCAGAAGAUGCGAAAAAGGGACGGCCUUUAGCAACAGUUAUGUCACUCUCCAGUGUACCUUUACCGGAAGCUGAC